AACCCGGAAAUAAAUAAAAAAUAUAUUUGGUUGCUCGUGGCGCGGUCUGUUGUGUGUAAUAUAGUUUAGCAGACAACGACUAUAAGCGUGUAUGACUGCGUUUUGAGAAAGCUGCACGGCAGGCGAGGAUUUUAAUGGCGCCGGUACGACAGCGAAAUGCGAAAGGCUUGAAUUCAACAGAGAUCGGGAGGAAAAUCAAAAGGGGUAAUGCACUGCGGCAGGGCACAGCCUGGUGGACUUCCAGAGCGUUAACCACUGUGUUGCUGGUUAUCCUAUGUAUGUGUGGGUCAGCUACUUGGCUUUAUGUCACUUUGGAUCGUGACAUAACAGAAACAUUGGUCAGCCAGCAUGAAAACGUGUCUCCCGAGCCCAGAGUCUACUUCAUUCAGUGCUCAGAAGACUAUGAGAACUACAAACGCUACCCAGGAUGCACCCCUCAGAAGUGCGGGCGUGCUGUCGCGGACGGCGUGGUCACCCGGGAGGAAGCUCAGGUCCUCAAGAGGCUGGCUGAGAGGGGUCUUCAGCUGGCUGGAUCCGAGGGAGGCGCGUCUAUCUUGGACCUGCACUCGGGAGCGUUGUCAAUGGGGCCACAGUUUGUCAACAUUUACAGAUAUUUUGGGGAACAGAUCCAAGACGUGUUCACACAAGAGGAUUUCCUACUUUACAGAGAUGUUCGCAAGCGAAUCCAAACAGUUAUUGCAGAGACGUUUGGGUUAGACCAAACCCUGAUGUACCUCACCAAGCCCACCUUCUUCUCCAGGAUCAACUCAACAAUAGCAAAGACCCAACAUGACGAGUACUGGCACCCGCACAUUGAUAAGGUCACCUAUGGCUCAUUUGACUACACAUCCCUCCUGUACCUUUCUGACUAUGGCUCAGACUUCAAUGGAGGACGAUUUGUCUUCAUGGACCAAAAUGGCAAUAAGACAGUGGAACCAAAGGCGGGUCGAGUGUCUUAUUUUUCCUCCGGCUCUGAGAACCUCCACCGUGUGGAGAAGGUGACUUGGGGUACCCGAUACGCCAUCACGGUGUCCUUUACGUGCGACCCGACACAAGCCAUCGCCGACCCUGCUUUGCCUUGAGGUAGCCAUGGGCGAUGGGGUGGGGUGUGGGGGUAGUUGGGGGGGAGGGGGGGGGGCAUCACGGUCAUCCGUCUCAGUCAAGCCCUGGAGAAUGCAAGCGGUGAAGAAGAUGGAUGAGAGGGAAGAAGAAUGAAUUUGUUGCAGGUCCUUUGAUCUUAUUGUACAGUCUGCCUUGUUAACAGGCUUUUUGAGUGUGCCACUGCAAAAAAAAAAUCAAUUUCCACCAUCUCUACUGAGGUAUUUAAAUUCCUUUCAUUGGACUUUUUAAAAAAAAAAUCCAAUUCAGAUUCGUUCAGGAUGUUUUGAUUCUGCACACGUUUUUCCGUAUCAGUCCUUGAUCAUUCGAGGUGAACUUCAUCAAGAUGCCAAUCAAUUGCCUCGCUAUCAACAGUGUGUGUGUGUGAGAGACAGUGUGUGAUUUUAAUAUUUAAUGAAGAGCUGACAAGCAGCUACAACAAGCGACAUGGGAAAACAGUACUCAGGAGAGGAAGCUCCUCUUUGCCAGGAGCACUUACGCUUUCUAGCCACGUUCCUGUCUAUCAUAGCUCCCUUAUUGGCUCAGCUCCUGCAUUAAAGCUCACUGAACUGCAUCCGCACCUCGCCCUGGGAUCAAUGGACUAAUUUACGGGCCGAAUCACGAUUCGCGCUCCUAUGUAUAUUAAAAUUGUAACUGUCGGAUAUGCAUUUGCCGCGGCAUAUUUAAAAAUGUGACGGACGAAGUGUUUUCCGAUGCAGAUUGUAUCCAACGGCGGAAAAGUGAAGAUGCCACUGAGCAAAGUCGAGUGUUUUUGUUCAAGCCAAACUUAACCGUUUAAUUUUUUUUAAUUACACUUUUUUAAUUCCAUGUCGUUGUUUGGAUUGUAAUGCUUUCCUUUUGUUUUUGCUGCAAGAGGUCAACGGGUUUUAAAAUAUUUUUACAUUUUUGUGGGGAGGGUGCGGAAAACAUGGACAAUACUUAUUGAACAAUUUUUUGGGGACGUUAACCAAAUAAAAUAUUGGAAUAAGGCAUCCACCGUGUACUUUUUUUGUCUUUGUUAAUCAACCAUGAUAGUUGGCAUUCAUUCAUUUUUGCACACUAUGAAAUAAAGAUGAUAAAAUUUCGAGUUAUGGAAAUAA